AUGAAAUUUGGCGAUCCGUUUCUUGUGCUUUCGCGGCGAAAGUCACAGGCAUAUCUUCGUGCGAUUCUCGUGUGUCUCUCCCUUCUUGUAUUCUGGUUCAAUUUGCCUUUGCUCGCCCAUCUGGAGCAGCAAAUCAUCAGAAAUGAACAAACGACGUUACUACAGGGUCCUGAUUACAAGAGUCUUCCUGGAGCAAAUGAGACAUUGGUCGUCAUGAGAACUGGCUCAACAGAGCUGCAAGACAAGUUACCUAUUCACUUGGCGACAACUUUACUUCGCUAUCCCGAUAGCAUAAUAUUCUCCGAUUUUGAAGAGGACUUCGAAAAUCACCAUAUAUUUGAUGCUCUGGAAAGUGUGAAUUCACUUCUAAAAGAGACGAGUCCGGAUUUUGACCUCUGGCGACGAUUAAAACAGUACGGCAGAACGAUACUGCGGGCAGACGAACUCAGCGGGAAGUCGAUAUGGGUCGAUCAUGGCACCGGAAAAGCUGAAAAUCCCGGCUGGAAAUUGGACAAGUUCAAGUUUUUACCCAUGGUCAACCGCACUCUGCAUGAAUAUCCCGAUAAGAAGUGGUACAUUUUCGUCGAACCCGACACGUUCAUAUUCUGGCAAAACUUGUUGGUAUACCUAUCCAACCUCGACUGGACCAAGCCAUACUACCUUGGAGGACAAAUCAAUAUCGGCAGCAUAGAAUUCGGUCAAGGCGGCAACGGAUUCAUAGUCUCUCGUCCUGCUCUUCAGAACGUGGUUACACACUAUCAGACUCAUCAGAAUGAGUAUGAGGACUUCACGGUGGGUCAUUGGGCUGGUGAUUGUGUCCUUGGAAAGGCUUUCAAAGACUCCGGUACACCUUUGACACGAGCCUGGCCCAUAAUUCAGGGUGAUGACAUCGGAAACAUGAACUAUAAUCAUCGAACGCAAUGGUGCCAGCCCACGGUUUCGUAUCAUCACAUCUCAUCGUCAGUCAUACAAGACAUGUUCGAGUUCGAGAAAGCAUGGAUGACACAUACAGCAAAUACAAGUGCCACUUAUCUGCGUCACAGAGACGUAUACAGGCUCUACGCUCUUCCACGCAUGACCUCUCCACGCUUGGACUGGGACAACCACAGCAACGAUGACCAAGGACCCGCCGACUCGUUAGAAAGUUGUCGUGUACUUUGCGAGGCUGAUGAUCACUGCAUCCAAUAUUUGCUCAACGCUGAGAGCAGAUGCCUAACAACUUCUCGGCCCAACGUAGGACAAGCCGCAAGUAAUGUGUCCUCGGGAUGGAUGCUUGAGCGAGCGCAGAAGUUCUACGAGGAAGGGGAAGAAUGCCAUGGUGUGGAGUGGAUCUCAUGA